AAUCGGCGCGCACUUCGACUCCACCACUCGGCUUGCAGAGCUCGCCCACCACCCUCGCCACAAUGUCCAGCCCACGCUCGCCCCUCUCAGACAAGUUCGACCCCUUCGCCGUGCACCCCUUCACGCGCUACGCAUCUCCGCGUCCGCGAUCCGACACCAGCGACAGCGCGUCCCUACCUAGCGCAUACCCCUUCACGUCGUCGUACGCCAGCUCGGGUCAGCCGCCGCGCACACCACCGAAGCCGCCGACGUCGAGGCAGGCGUCUGGGAAGUGAACGGGGUGUUCGUCGGCGCGGGCGGGAUGCCCUGCGAGACGUCUCCGUCCUUGCCCAGACAGGAGACCUCCGUCUCGGUGGAAGGCGCGUGAUUCUUCGAAGUCAAUGACUCAUCUGCUUGGCUCUCGCCUGCGUCUCGGGUUCCCUUCAAUCUUCUAUUCUAUACCACGCCAUACCUUCGGGCCUCUUAUGAAAGCCUAGAGCAUCGGGUCUGUCAAGCCCCCAUGUACUACGAUGCACUCAUGAUCAUGACUGGUCUACAUAACCAAUUUCCUACCAGACCGCACGCUACCUUCUCACCGAAUCGCACACUACCUUCUCACAAACGCACUUCUAUACCUCGUAACUAAGCCUAGCCUGUACUUCUAGUUAACAUGAACCGCUUCCUUCUUCUGCACCUU